CUCAGCUCCUUGUUUUUGCCUCCUUGUGAUGCAGCAAGGCGUGCCUGAGUUUUGUGCAUGUGAUGACAGCCGGGGAGACAGUUUCCCAAAAGAGUUCGCGGGCACUCGACAAGCAUCAUUUGUGAGUUCGACUGUCCUGGAGCGCGCCAUUGCCAGAACUGGGGUUUUGGAUUCCCCUUGCCUUCGCCGUUGUUUGCAGCUCACUGGACGAAGGUGACUAAACGCAUCGGGCUUUUAUCAUGGGGGCGACGGAAUCUGCGCAGCAGGACGGCAAGCCUGAGGAGGAUGCGAUAGCCCAGGAACAUAAUGUGGAGGUGAACGCGGAGGAGGCAGAUCAAAACCUCGAAGUGAAGCUUCUCUGGAGGGAGAAGAACUCCUACAUCUGCUGCACUGGAACUCAGUUACUACAGAAGAAUGGACAGAUCUCCCGUAUAAAUGGAGCAGAGGACCAAACUGAGGAGUUAAAUGGUCUUUGUGAGGAGAGGGCCCUGGAAGAGGCUAGCUCAGACUUGAAAGCAGACGGUCCUUCAGUAAUCCAAGAGGCCGUCGAACCUGCAGUGAUCAAUGUAAAUGAAGAACAGGGGUGUACACUUUCUGAAGAUGCUCCAAUGACAGAAGAAAACAAAGCAGAGACAAAAUCAAGUGAGCCUGAGGAAGAUGAAGUGGGUUUUAAAAAAAUUAUAAAAUUCUUUGAAUUAAAAUUCACAUUGACUAAGGAUAAGGGAGAGGAAAGUCAACCAGAUGAUGAGAGUGAGAGGGAGGGUUUAGUGAAAUCUGAUGACUCCAAAGACACUAGCCCCACCAUCACCACAGAGCUUGAUGCAGAGGAGAAGAAGUCUGAGGAAGAACCUGUUUGUGUUGAUUUGACACCUGAUUCUGCCGCUGUUGAACCAAUCUGCGAACCUGCCGACGAAGCAACUGCACAAGAGAUCACAAACGCACCAGCUCCCAAUGAAGAGGUGACACCUGCAAAAGGUGUUCCUGAAGUACUGGAACACACCUGUCCAGAGGAGGGGGAGGAUGAUAUGUCUCCAAUUAAGCGAUUCUUCACCACUGGGAUUUUCACCGGUUUGAAGAAAAAUAAGAAAGAGGAACCAUCAAAAGACCAAGAUGAUGGGGAAGAGCUCCAAACAAUUGUGAAAGAGGAGGCUGUAAAAGCUGUUGAAGAAGAAGCAGCAGAGCCUGCCAAUGAAAGCAAAGUGGAAGAUGCCCCUGCAGGAACAAGUGAGGCCAAACUGUUAGGGUCUCAAGAGAAACCAAAAGUUGAAAGUAGUCCUCUAAAGAGACUUUUCUCAAGGCUCUCUUCAAGGAGACUAAAAAUACCAGAGACAAUUGAAACCACUGCUGAAGAACAGGCCCAAACAGACACUGUACAGACAGAGGAAACCCCCCUCUCCUCUCCAGAGGACAAAAGCAAGGAUGAGUCUAAACAUGAGUCUGAUGGUGAAGGAACCUCGGAUGGGGAAAAGAAAAGAUCAUGGAGUUCCUUCAAGAAACUUGUCACCCCAAAAAGACAACGAGCUAAGCGUCCAUCGGAGAGUGAAGACGAAGUGACAGAAAAGACCUCCGCAGAUAUCCCAGCUUCUGAAACACAAGAGGAUGUUAAACCCAGUGAGGAGCCAGAGCAAGUUGAACCUUGUCCAGAGGAGCCCAAAAAGAAGUCUGAUUUGUCUGUUUCCUGGGAGGCACUGAUAUGUGGAGGAUCUGCAAAGAAAAGGAGCAGGAAAGGUUCAAACUCAGAGGAUGAGGUAGCAGCUGAGAAGGACAGCAGGCCUGAGGAUGACCCAGGAAAGACUGCAGAAUCUACACUGGAAAGUUCCCAGGAAGGAGAUGAUGAGCAUGCGUCUUCCUCUCUAGAACAGUCCGGCAGCCCUGCUGAAGGUGAUGGGGGAUCAACAUGGAAGUCUCUGAAGAAACUAGUAACCCCAAAGAGGAAAUUAAGAGCAGGAGAAUCAAGUGAGCAAAUCCCCUCUGAUGGUGAAACCACAAAAGAAGAAACUUCGUUCUCAGUGAAGAAACUAAUCUCAGGACGCAAGAAGCGAAGAUCUGAUGGAAGACAGGAGCAGUCAUCUUCUGAUGAGGCUGGUAAAGAUGUUGGAUCAGAAGAUGAAGAUGAUGAAACACCAUCAGUGGUGCCUUUGUCUGAAUUUGAUAUAAUCGAACCAAGCAUGGUGCAAACAAUACCAAAAGAUGAAGAGUCCAGAGACAUUACACAGGAAACUGAUCAGGAACUGCCCCCAGCUCCCCUCGACCUUGGCACUCCGAUUGUGGCAACAGCCCCAAAAGACUUUGAGGAUCUGACAGACUAUAUAACCAAGCAUCAGCAACUCAGUGACAUACCAGAAGAGAGUGUUGUAUCACCUCCUGGUGAGGAGGCUUUCCAAGAUGAUACACUUGCAGAAGACUUUGUAGAGUGGACAUCUGAAGCAUUCACAGCUGCUGAGCCACAGACUGAAUUGUCCUAUGUGACAGCUGUCUCUCACCUAUCAGAGUCUCCAAAGUCCUCAGGUAAUUCAACACCAGUUGCCUCAGAGGGGGAUAUUAAAGACACAGACAUCGUCCUGCAGGAAGCUGUGGAAACUGUCAGCAUACUUUCAAGUAACUUAUCAGUAAAAGAUAAUGAGAAGAUCGAGGAAGUGGCAGCCAUGUCUCUAACCCCACAGUUAUUAGGGUUAUCCAUUACUGAAGAGACAACGAUUUUUGUUGCUCAUGAGAAAUUUGAAGCAACCAACAUUUGCACAGGUCUUACAACUGAAGAACUUGACAUUACUGAGGAAAGGCCUCCAAUGACAAUGGUAGAGGCAGUGUCUGAAGUUAUUGAAACUGUGCCUACUGAAUAUGUAUCUGAAGAAGAUUUGGCAGAGGAACCUGAAACAGCAGUAAUUACAGAAGAUAAACUAUAUGAAGCUGAGGUGGAAGAAAUAAGAACUGAGUUCCAAGAGGAGGACCGCUGGGAAGAGGAAGAAAACAAAGCAGAAGCCAUUGAUGUUGAAGAGGAAGGUGAAGAAGAAAUGGAUGAGGCGUCCUAUGUAAUUCAGACUGAGGAUCAGCAAGAGACAGAGUUAGUCAAUGGUCUCGCAGAACUUGUACCAAUCCAUGUUGCCAUUACCAGCGCAGUGCAGGGAGAAGUACAGUACCUGGAAGGGCAUGUUAUUGCAGAAGAAACACCAAGACCUGCAAUGGAAGGCCCCAUGGACUCAGCUGUAGAGGAACCUGUAUGUGCAGAGCCAGCAAUCCUGGCUGAAGUGACUGUAGGAGAGAAAGAGCAAGGUAUCCCAGAAAUUGAGACAGCAGAUGCUGACAUCCUUCAUGUGACUCUUGCUGAACUAGUUGAGAGUGAAGCACAUGAAGUCGUCUCUUCAGUGUCAGGCAUUCCAACAGAUAAAAGCUCACAGAUGCCUGAAGCUCAGAUCCCAGUUGUGGCACUGACAGUGCAGUCUACAGAGGUCCAGGAAACAGUAGAUGUCGUUGAGCCAGUGCUAGAUUCAGUCACUGAAGAGGUUGCAAUGGAAAAUGCACAUGCAGUAUGUUUUGCAGAUGAUCGUGGAAUCCAAGUUAAAAUAGAGGACAUAGAAUUGCAGUCAUCAGAACCUGUUGUUGAGUCAGGAUUAGAAGUAGCAUCAGCAGAUGAGGUUCUAAUUCUGGAGGAAACUGACAAACUGGAAGUGGCUGAGAAAGAAGAAACAACUUGGGAAGAAACUGAGGCAGAACCAGGUGAAGAGCCCUGCCCCCUGCCUCCUCCAGAAAUCAUUCAGCAUGUGGAGGUGGAAGACCUAUCUGCUAUUGGAGAUGAGUCAUUGCCUCCAGAGGACGUUCCAUUGCCAUCUGAAGUUCCUUUGCCAUCUGAAAAAGCACCAGAGGAUGCCAUUGUAGAAGAACAGCCAGCUACUCAGGGAGCUGAGGUCACAGAGACUGAGACUGACAUUUCAAUUGCCACUGAAAGUAAUGUUGAGAAAGACUCCGCAGAUUCCAAAAUUCCAAGUCCAGAAGGCAUAUUUGAAUCAGUGGAAAAUGAAGGAAAAGCUACCUCAGAACUUGAGUUGGGAGGAUCAGCAGAUAGAGAAGUUCCUGCAGUAGAUUCAGAGGUACUGACAACAGAGUUAUCAGAAAUGGAGGCCCAAGUAGAGGACACUGAGGCAGAAAGACAAGCGGUGGAGGAGGAGGUGGAAACUCAGGAACCUGCACCAUCAAUACCAGCUGAACCACCAGCUUCUGAGUCUCUUGCUGAAGCAGAACUUUUAACUGCUGUGGAAGUACAAACAUCAUCUUUAAUUGAACCAGAAUUGGACACACCAGUCGCUGCUCUGGAGACAGAGGCAUCAGAAGUAACAGCUCUGGAAGUAGAAGUACCUGUUAUCACUGAACCAGAGGUUGAGAUGGAAUCUGUAACAUCUCGAGAAGAAGAAGAGCCCAUAACUGAAACUGCACAGGAAGCUCAGGCACCCAAAUUAACACCAGAGCUGGUAGUUGGAACAGCUGCAGUAACAGAGCUAGAGGCAGCAACUCCAGUAGCACCUACUCCACAAGUAGAGAUACCUGUGGUGACAGCCCAGGAGGUUGAAACACCAGUGGUGUCUGAGCCAGAAUUAGUGAUACCUCUAGUGAUGGAGAUAGAAAAAGAGACGCCGGUGGUAUCUGCAGUUGAAGUUGAAGCACCAGUGGUAAUGGCACUAGAGUUAGAAACAACUGUAUAUACAAAAAUGGAAGAAGAAACACCAACUGUUGCAGCCCUGGAAGUUGAGGCUUCAAUAGAAAGUGAGCUGGCUUUAGAGACAAUGCAGAGGGCUUCACUGGAGAAAGAAACAGUGAUUACUGAUACCCAAGAAAAAGAAACAGCAGUUGUAGCCACUGCAGAAGUAGAGACAGCAGUUGUAGAAGCAUCAGUAAUACAUAAGCUAGAGGAAACAGCAGAGGUGGAGUCACCACUGGAGGAAGAAGCAGCUGUUGUUGCUGUUCCAAAAGUACCAGCGCAGACUAUAGUUGCCUCAGAGGUAAGCACAGAUGUUGCUACUCAUGAAGUGACCACAGAGGUUGCUGCUGUACUUGAGGUAAGGGCAAAGGUCGCUGCUGCCCCAGUAGUAAGUGUAGAGGUCGCUGCUGCCCCAGUGGAAAGUGCAGAGGUCACUGCUGAACCAGAGGUAAGGGCUGAGGUUGCUGCUGCCCCAGUAGCUGCCCCAGUGGUAAUAACAGAAGUUACUGCUGCCCAGGUUGUAAUCACAGAGGUUUCUCCUGCCCCUGUGGUAAUCACAGAAGUAACUACUGCCCCUGUGGCAAUCACAGAAGUGACUACUGCGCCUGUAGUAAUCACAGAAGUUACUCCUGCCCCUGUGGUAAUCACACAAGUGACUACUGCCCCUGUGGUAAUCACACAAGUGACAUCUGCCCCUGUGGCAAUCACACAAGUGACUACUCCCCCGGUGGCAAUCACAGAAGUUACUCCUGCCCCUGUGGCAAUCACAGAAGUUACUCCUGCCCCUGUGGUAAUCACACAAGUGACUACUGCCCCUGUGGCAAUCACACAAGUGACAACUGCCCCUGUAGUAAUCACAGAAGUUACUCCUGCCCCUGUGGUAAUCACACAAGUGACAACUGCCCCUGUGGCAAUCACAGAAGUUACUCCUGCCCCUGUGGUAAUCACACAAGUGACAACUGCCCCUGUGGCAAUCACAGAAGUUACUCCUGCCCCUGUAGUAAUCACAGAAGUUACUCCUGCCCCUGUGGUAAUCACACAAGUGACACCUGCCCCUGUGGCAAUCACAGAAGUUACUCCUGCCCCUGUGGCAAUCACACAAGUGACUACUGCCCCUGUGGCAAUCACCGAAGUGACAAUUGUCUCGAUGGCCAGCACAGAGGCUGCAGCUGCCCUGGUGGCAAUCACAGAGGUUGCUUCUGUCCCUGCUGUAAUCGCAGAGGUUGCUGCUACUCCAGCAGUACAAGCAACUGUUGUAGCUGUACCAGAAGUUCUGACAGCCAUUGUAGCUUCCCCAGAAGUCAAAACAGUUGUCGCAAAUGCUCUUGUGGUCGAAGCACUAGUUGUAGUUGUGCCAGAAGUGGAUACAUCUGCUGAGACGGCCCUGAAAGUAGACACAGCUGUUGUAGUUUCUCCAUCAGAGUCAGAAGUACAGACAGCAGUUGUAACAUCCCCAAAAGUACGAGCCAUGGCAGUUGUAGAGACUCUUGCUAUAAGUGAACUUGAGCCAGAAAAAACAAUUGUGGGUGCAAACAUCUUAGCUCCAGUUGCUCCAGCAGAAAAGCCAGCUGUCAUGGGCCAAAUCCCACAGCAAGUGACUAUUUCAAAGACAAAGACAGCUCAUACACCAGAAACAGAGGAUGACGUGUGGGAGGAUGCAAUGGAUGACAUGACCCCUAAGGUGGAAGUGGGAGGCGCUGUUGCCACACCUCCAAUCUUGACAGUUGAAUAUGUUAAAGAGGAAGCAGAAUUCAGUGAUCCAAUUCAGUCUAAAUGGGCAAGAGGUGUGGCUGAAGCAAGCACAGAGGAAGUCCCACCCAAGAAGGACUCAGCUGGCCUGACGCCUGACGAAGGACCAGCUGCUGAACUGCAGGCCUCAUCAGAGGUUGAAUUCCAAGAUGCUGCUGAGAAUUCAGAUUCAACCCUUAAUGGAACUUAAAAAGCAGUUAUUGCAAUAUAGCCAACACAGGCAUGGCAAGCUGAUGUCCCCUACGCAGGUUGAAUGCAGGAAUAGGAAGGUAAAUCGCUCGAUGUUCUUCAGAGUAACAUCAGAUGAACCGCCUUGCUGAAUUAUGCAAGACAGACUAAGGACUCCAUCUCAACACCCCAGCACAGAGUCCAACUCAGCUCUGAAGACAAUGUUCUGAAAGCAGCUAUUGUGCUGAUUUGCCAUUUAGGUUUUGGCAAUGUGGUUAGCUAAUGGCACUAUCAGCAGUGCACAUGACCAUGAUGAAGCAUUUUCGCUGUUCAGUUAUCAAAUUAAUUUAUGUUGACUUCCAAUUGAAUUAUAAGUUCAUUUUUACUCUACCAAGGAGAAUUAUGAUUGAUUUUAAUUUGGAAAAUGCUUUAAUCAGGCAUUUGUGUCAGAUAUAUAUAUAUAUAUAUAUUUUCCUUACACUGAAGAGUAGGAUCAAUUAUGUACGUCAUCCAGCAGCCCAACAGGGGAGUCUGUUUCUAACCAAAGUAUGUAAUAACAAGCAUUCUGUUGUUUAAUUGGUCAUCUCAUUUAAGAGUCCUUAUUUCAAGUAUUGAAUGUAUUCGUUUAGUUUGUAUUGUUUUACAAUAUAAUGUAACGUGAACAAUCAAAUUCUACAUUCAUUUUUGUUUUUAUUGUUGCAUAAUUAUUCAUAACAGUUAUUGGACUACUGCUUUUGAAACACAGAAUACAUUUGAAUGAGAUACAUACAAAAGAUAUAUUUGGCAACAUUUGCAAUCUGACUUUCUCUGAACAGUGUAAUAUCUUACAGGUAGGAGAGAAUGAGGCAAGGCUAAGGGGGGCAGUAAUAUGUGAUUAUCUGUCCA